CUGUGCUUGGCGGCUAACUAGCGUUAGCAACACAGUUGGCUGUUUUCAACAGGAUUUCACCCCAAAAAAUCAAACAUACGAUAAAAAAUAACAUAAUAAUGCAGAAUCAGUGCGCUGUGCCGUACUGCACUAAUGGCAAAUCCGACCCGCAGCCCCUCUUCAGGUUUCCGCUUGAUCCAGAAAGGUCAAAGAAGUGGGCUGAAAAAUGCCAGAGGGAAGAUCUCAUAGACAAAUCACCAGACGUGCUGUUCAGAUACUACAGAGUGUGUGGAAAACAUUUCCAAACUUCCUCAGUUGAUAGUGACGCUCAGAGCACAGUGCUGAAGGAUGAUGCCAUACCAACUAUCUUUGAUGCACCAAGCCAACCUCAAAAUGGGCAAGGAAAGCGCAGUAAAGAGAUGACCAAAGAUGAUGAAGUGAGCGCUAAGGGGAGAAAAAAAAUCAAAAAGUCAGCAAACGAAGAUGUUGAGACACCCCCAGAGGAGCAGGAAUACAAAGAGUAUCUGAAGUCAUUAUUUGAAGUCCUUGUGCUGUUGGGAGAGCAAAGCAUUCCUCUCACGGGGCCCGGUGAUAGUAAACAGGAAGGCCUCGUAUCCAGAAACUUUCAGACACUUUUGGAAUACCGCAUGAAUUGUGGCGAUGAAGCCCUGAAGAAGAGGUACGAUGCGAACAAGGAGUUCUGCUCCUCAGCUCGGCUCAGUCGGCUGAUUGAGGUGUGCGAGAGUUGCAUCCGUGAUAAGGUGAUGGAGGAGGUCAAACAAAACGGCUGUUUUUCGUUACUCACCGAUGAUGUGGUGAAGAUCUCGGGCGAGUGGUACCUCCCCGUCUUUCUCCGUUACGUGGACCAGUCCAACUUCCAGCGGGAGAGGUUUGUUGGGUUCCUGUCCUUUGAAGGAGACGGAGACGCCUUAGCAGAGAAGAUGCUGUCCGAAAUGACUGACAAAUGGGGCUUGGAUAUGGGACAGUGUAGAGGUCAAGCGCACUCCUGCUGCGGGACACAUUUUCAUAAAAUAAAAAGAUUUGCUGCCAAGUUGAUGGAGACGAAUCCAGCGGCAGUGCUCACGCUGAGAUCCACUCGUACACUGAACCUGUCACUGGCAAACAGCUUGGCUCUGUCAGGGGUCCAGCUCGUUAUGUCUACUUUUAAGAAGAUCGACUCGUUCUUCAGUCAGUCUCCUCUGCUGCAGUUGGAGUUGGAGCACGCCAUUGCGAUUUUCUACCCGGACAGAGAGGAGAAGGCCAAGGAGCUGAAGGCGAUCUGCGGGACCAGCUGGACCAAGCGUCAUGAUGCGUUUGAGGUGGCGGUGGAAAUCCUCGAGGCGAUGCUGCUCUGCGUGGACAGCGUUCACGACAACGAGGACAUGAGGUGGAACGAUCAAGUCACAAACAACGCCUUGGAGAUUUCUAAAGCGCUUGCUGAUUUUGAGUUCGUCAUGUCGCUGGUCGUGCUGAAAAACGUGCUGUCGCUCACGCAGGCGUUCGGGAAGAACGUGCAAGGGAAAGCAGCGGAUGUUCACUUUGCUGCAAACAGUUUAAAAGCCGUGCUGCUCUCCCUGAAGGAAGUGCAGGACAACAUCGACGUGUAUCACGAGUUCUGGAACGAUGAGGCUGUUAACUUGGCCACUGCGAUGGAGAUCUCAGUCAGGGUUCCUCGGUCAUUCUUAAGAAAGCAGCAGUCCGAACCUGGAGACAUUCGGCCGGAGAAUUACUACAAGGAGCACCUUACCGUUCCCAUGGUGAAACACGUCAUUAGAGAAAUAAAUGAACUCUUCUGCGAGGACCAUCUGAAGGCUCUGAGAUGUCUGGUGCUGCUCCCCAUUGUCAUCGAGCAACACAAGUCCACUGAGCCCGAUGAAGAGAACGUGCAAGUGUUUAAAAACGACAUCCACAACGCGGCGUCUCUCUCCGCCGAGCUGCACUGCUGGUGGGUUAAAUGGAGCAAAAGAGGCAGAGGCGAGACUUUGCCCUCCGACCUCCGCGAAACACUGCAGCUGCCCGACGUGAAGUUCUUCCCGAACAUGCUCACAGUCCUGAGACGGAUCGGCCUCCUGCCCACUUUGGCUCUGGAGGACAGCUGUGAUGUGGCGUACAAGCGCUUCCAGACGUACAUGGAGAACACGGCCGAGAAAUUCAGAUCGAAAAGUCUCGCUCUUUUGAACAUGAACCAUGAUGUUGGGUAUGAUCUGGAUUCACUGGUGGACGUCUACAUGAAGACAUACCCUGACAGGGAAGACGUGUCUUAGUCAUUUCUGAUAAGGUCGUUAACCCUUUGAAACCGGAGCAAAUUGGCUCUAUUUCUUUCAAAAACAAGGGAAGAAGGCAAUGAGCAAUG